CCUAAAAUAUAAUCAGCCAUUCACACACACACACACACACACACACACGUACACUUUUCACACCCUUCUAGUCAACGCUCCUUGACUUGUCCACCCUCUGAACUUUCCUCUGUUUAUUCCAUCCUCUACACACAUACUGUCUCUCUUCCUCCUCCCUCGCUCACUUGCUCUCUCUCUCUCUGACUGGCUGUGUGUGUGUGUGUGUGUGUAGAUAGAGGAAGUGUUAUUCGGCGUGUCUCUCUCCCUCUCAGUCAACUUCAUGUGCAUAGCGAUGUAGCCCACAGACUCUACAAAACAGUACAUAUAUUUGCUUUUUUCCAUCAUAGUGACCACCAGAAGUGACAUCAUCAUGCUCUCAUGAUGGCAUCGUGGGUAAACUCUGGUGACUGUAGCAGUAUGGACUCAGCAGAAUGUGCAGCUUUGGAUUCAGAAAUCUACCGAAGCCUACAGGCCAUUCUGAGGGAGCUGGACAACUCACAGCCUGCGGUCAAUAAAGGAAUGCUAAGGUGGACUUUGCACAAGAAGGUGCAGUGUGAUCCUCAGAGGAGCCUCGCUUUGGUCAGAGUAACUCUCAAGGAACUGGAGAGAGCUGAGAGAGUGGACCUGAAAUCCUACAUCAUCCCGCUGUUACACACUCUCAUGUAUGCUGUCAUACAGGUGGUGUACAUUCCUGAUGAGCUGUAUAAAAGACUUUAUGAGUCAUGUAAGAGGAUGCUAACGCUGCCAGAGCCGUUCUGUUCUGUAGGACUCAAUUACACUAGACAACUAAAAACAGAGAGACACACACCAGGACUGCUGUAUCUAAGGAAGCUUAUGUCUGAACACAGUCUGAGGAAUGAGAAUUAUCCUCUACAAGAGCAUGUGUUUGUGUUUGCAGACCCAGUGGUGUUCUCAGAGUCUCUGUGCUCGGUGUUGAAGGAAGAUCUGGAGGCUGAGGGUCGGAUGGAGACGCAGCUGGGCUACAUGCGUGAUGUGAUACAGCGCCUCCUACAGGCCACGCUGGGAGAGGACAACUGUCAUGGACCAACACUCACACACGCCCUGGAGGUCUCUGUCUCACAAACACACACACACACACACACACACACACACACACACAACCAUUCAAACGUUUUGUUUUCCUGAAGUGGAGGAUUAAGACAUCAGAGUCUUUACUUUGGAGCCUCACAGAUCCUCAUCCAACAUCUAACAGCUUCAUCAGAUCUCCACAAAACACCAGUCUCUUCUUCCACCAUGUGGAAAUAACACUGGGGUGCUGACCUCCUGGACACAGGCAGAGGUUUAGAGACGAAGCCACAUCUGUGACACAGACACUGGACCGAGGAGUACUGUCAGAACCAAGUCAUGGCCCGAUGAGUCUGUGUUUGAGGUGUUUGGAUCUGAGGAGAUGUGAUGUGCUGCAGGAGCUGGACACUACACAGGGAGAUGACCAGUCCAAGCAGAAGCAUGAGGAGCAUCACGAGGAGCAGGCAGAAGAUCACACUGAGAGUCUACAUCAGUCUUAAUGGACAUAGAUACCAGCUAAAGAGUGGGGAUUAGUCACAGUGGAUGGAACAUGGGUCUAAUUUCACGUCAUCUCUAAGUCUCAGAAUUGCAGCAUGUGAACCGGCAAGAGAGCAACGGACCUGCGAGAGGGUGUGGCGUUAGGGUCUGAUUUCAGGAGAGACAAACACUCACACACAGAACAAACACUCACACAGAACAGACACUCACACACAGAACAAACACUCACACAGAACAGACACUCACACACAGAACAA